CCUGCUGGCUUUUUCUGCUUCAGCUCUGGGUGACCUUGGGAGACUCACUGUGUGGGUCACCCUCAGCCCGGGGCAGAAAUGGGAACCCUUAGGGCUUGUGACUAGCCCCAGUUACCAGCAUCUUCCAUGGGGCAGGCACCGGGCCAAGGCUAGUCCUAUAGGAUGUCCUGGGAUCAUUAUUGUAGUGCUUGAGUACCAAUGAGGAAACUGUCGUCCGGAGGCUUGGAGAGUGACAGUGACCUGUGGGAGGCCACACAGCCAGAGGAGGCUACGGCCAGGAAGUUUGAUGCAAGCUUUGCUCUGGGAACUUGCCGUAGCCAAGUUCUCUACAAACCGAGUGCUCGGCUGCUGCUCAGCCAGUCCCCAGUGCCCUCUAGCGAGAAGUGUUUUGAUCUGGACUGGCUGUCUGGGGACAUUUGAGUUUCUACUGAGGUGGUAUAUGCAGGCUAGGUGCCCCUCUUGGACUGGCAUGGGGCUAUACCUAAUCAUGGGUUUCCAAGGAAGGCACACCCCAAACCCUUCUAGGACGUGCCUCUGGCCACUGCACCCUCCAUCCAGGGCCACUUAGUGCUCAGUCAGGCUCCACAGGGAGGGCUCCCUGCUGGUGGGUGCUCCCCCAACUCUGUGGUCACUGCACAGGACAGUAGAGGGCCAAGGUUCUUCCAAGGGGUACAGGCCAGCCAAAGUUCUGGUCUGGAAUGAGAUUUUAAUGUUUGUGGGUACACAGGGAGGGCCAGUCCCUCCUCAGGGUUGUCCUUAUAGACUAGGGACUUCAGUGGUGACACUUAGAAUGAGUUUUACUACGUGCUUACUGUGUGUCUAACUCUGUUCUGUGUGUUGAAUAUUACAUCCCACCUUAGGAAAGAGGAGAGGGGGGUCAGGGGACAUGGCAGGAAGCAGCCGAGCAGACCAUGUUGUCUGACCCGUGUUUGGAACCCUGCCUGCUGCCUGGUUGGGAAGGGGGCCCCCGAGAGGUCCUGUUCCUUCCAGCCUCCCUCACUGGGCGGCCAAGGCGGGUGGAGCUCUUGGCCAGGGCACGGCGCACAGCCGAUUCCCAGGAAUGUGGGGUUGUGGGCAGUUUGCUUUGGCAGCGUUUCUGCUUCAGCUCUCCCAGCCUUCUGGUGGCCCCCGACCCUGUCACCCCUCUAGUGCCCACCCAGCCUGCCUGCUGCCUUUCCUGGUUCUGCCCCUAGCUCCGUAAGCCCUCGGGAUGAGGAGGUGGUGACCAACCUAAGCAGCCCUGUGACCAGGGCAGGCCACCUUCCUGAGCCUCCGUUUCUGCAUCUGGAAAGUGGCAUGAAGUAUCACCUGCUGUAACUGAUGCUGGCAUGUUGGACUGUCAGCCACUGGCUAGGGCAGUCACGGUGACAGGCACCAUGGCUUUGGUCUUGGUCUUGCCACCCAUGAUUGCAGCCUGGGGUAGGAACUUCCCCCAGCCUUCAGAUUCCAGUCUGUAAGACCAGAGUGCUAAAGUGAUGGUCCAGGUUACCAGAUUUGGAGACACACAUCAGGGACAAGUUGGUUUUAACUUUUGUUCAGUGAGACCGUGACGUGUGUGAGUGUCUGUGUGUGAGUCCAGGCUGACCUUAGCCUUGAAUUACUGAUCUAAUUGUCUCCAUCUCUCAAGUGCUGGUAUUAUAGGCAUGUGCCACCAUCACUGACUACAUGGAGAGGUGCAUCUUGGGCCCUUGUCUGUAAGUUCUAGGCUGGGUUUGCUGUAGCUCACCAAAUGGACAGUUUCAAGACUACUCCUGGCGAAUGGGGUGUUCUUCAUCACAUUAGCUACACUGCUGUGGGGUAGAUGGGCAAGGAUACAGUCCCCACCUUGCUUGGGUCCUUGUACUUAAACGUUUGCCAGGGACCGAGGGACGACCUCGCAUAGGUAGGCCUCCCUUUCUAACCCCUCCAGACUCAAGGCUAACCAAAUACCCUCCCUGAGGCAGGGAAGGAAGGACGUCAUCCUGAGCAGGGUCCUGGUCCUCUUCUAUUAGCUUGGUGACUUUGAAGCUCGGUUUCCCCAAGAGGGAGGGGUGGUGGCAGAUAGGUCUGUAGGGGGCCGGGUGCCCUGCAGGAGCUGCAGCUGGGGGCUGUCUGCACAGGGUCUGCGGCAGGCGCACAAUGGCAGUCAUUGUCUUGGCAUGGCUGGCCGGGGGGCGGGGGUGCCCAGCCCACCCUCAGGGUGACCCCCGCCCCGGGUUGUGGGAGGGCUGUCCCCACCUCUGCCGCCCUGGUGGUCCCUGCUCAGCCAGCCCCUCUUGCACUUCCUCCCUUACCGCCGCUCCCUCCAGCUCCCUCUGUUCUAAUUAGUUCCUUUUGCAGCUGGAGGAGCCUCGUGGGGCCUGGGCCAUGCGACCACACGACCACCUCCAUGUGGGCCCCCUUCUCGGGCCCAUGCAGGUUCCUGCCUGAAGACCAGCUGGGUACCCUCUUUGACCUUCCCCAUCACCAUGCACUCCUUGGACGAGCCGCUUGACCUAAAGCUGAGCAUCACCAAGCUCCGGGCGGCGAGAGAGAAGCGGGAAAGGACACUGGGUGUGGUCCGACAUCACCCUUUGCAUAGGGAGUUGGGUCUGGUGGAUGAUAGCCCCACACCUGGCUCCCCAGGCUCCCCCCCACCAGGUUUCCUGCUGAACCCCAAGUUCCCUGAGAAGGUGGAUGGACGCUUUUCCACAGCUCCCCUGGGGGACCUCAGCUUGUCACCACCAUCUGGACUGGACUCCCCAAAUGGCAGCAGCUCCCUGUCCCCUGAGCGCCAGGGCAAUGGGGACCUGCCUCCACUGCCGACUGCUGUGGAUUUCCAGACACUUCGCUAUUUGGAUGGUGUCCCCAGCUCCUUCCAGUUCUUCUUGCCCCUGGGCUCUGGGGGAGCUCUGCACCUACCUGCUUCCUCCUUCCUCACACCCCCCAAGGACAAGUGCCUGUCACCGGAGCUGCCCCUGGCCAAGCAGCUGGUGUGUCGAUGGGCCAAGUGUAACCAGCUCUUUGAGCUCCUCCAAGACCUGGUUGACCAUGUCAAUGACCAUCAUGUCAAGCCGGAACAGGAUGCUCGGUACUGCUGCCAUUGGGAGGGCUGUGCCCGCCACGGCCGUGGCUUCAAUGCCAGGUACAAGAUGCUCAUCCACAUCCGGACUCACACCAAUGAGAAGCCACACCGAUGCCCCACCUGCAACAAGAGCUUCUCCCGCCUGGAGAACCUGAAGAUCCACAACCGCUCCCACACAGGUGAGAAGCCCUACGUCUGCCCCUAUGAGGGCUGCAACAAGCGUUACUCCAACUCGAGUGACCGAUUCAAGCACACCCGUACCCACUACGUAGACAAGCCCUACUACUGCAAGAUGCCUGGCUGCCACAAGCGCUACACCGACCCCAGCUCACUGCGCAAGCACAUCAAAGCCCACGGUCACUUUGUGUCUCAUGAACAGCAGGAGCUCCUGCAGCUACGCCCACCCCCGAAACCACCAUUGCCCACUCCCGACAGUGGCUCCUAUGUCAGUGGGGCUCAGAUCAUCAUCCCAAACCCUGCUGCCCUUUUUGGAGGCCCCAGUCUGCCAGGCCUGCCCUUACCCCUGGCUCCUGGCCCCCUUGACCUCAGUGCUCUGGCCUGUGGCAGUGGUGGAGGUGGAGGUGGGGGCAUGGGCCCUGGGCUGCCAGGCUCUGUUCUACCCCUCAAUCUGGCCAAGAACCCACUGUUGCCCUCACCCUUUGGGGCUAGUGGACUAGGCCUGCCUGUGGUCUCUCUCCUGGGUGGUUCUGCUGGUAGCAAGGCUGAGGGGGAGAAAGGUCGUGGGUCAGUGCCUGCCAGGGUCCUGGGCCUGGAGGACCACAAGACUCCCCUGGAGAGGACGGAGCGCAGCCGCUCCCGGCCAAGCCCUGAUGGACUCCCCUUGCUCCCGGGCACUGUACUGGACCUGUCCACGGGCAACUCGGCAGCCAGCAGUCCAGAGGCGCUAACUCCUGGCUGGGUGGUCAUCCCACCAGGGUCUGUGCUGCUCAAACCAGCUGUGGUAAACUGAACCUGGGUUACCCACCUACCAGCUGUGACAGGCCAGCUACCUACUGUGGGCUCAUCCCCUGACGAACAGAAACUCUUCUGCGAAAUAGCAAUAAUAUCCUGCUGCUCCAGGGGCCCAAGUGUCUGCUUCCUGGGAGGCUGCAGCCCCAGACAAGCUGGGUAGCAAGGAUGGUGCUAGAAGGUCUUUGGUGGCUUCCUGGCUCCAGAGUGGACUUGGCUUGGACCUGCUGUCCAAGGAGGCCAUGCUCUUGGGUGCUAAGGCCUCACUCACCUCCACUUCCCCGGCCCGUAGCUUGGGUGAGGCCUUCCUCUGCCUGUCCUCCAAGGACUCAGUUCUGCCUCUUGCUCUGGUGCAUUCCUCUCCACAGCAGUCUGGGCGGGUUGACACUCCUCCCUACCUUACCUGCUUGUCAGCUGGGGAGCCCCUGCCUGGGAACUCCUUAGACCCCUGUCCCUCUGGCCCACCCCUGGAGGGAGAGCAAGACAGACACAGGCCCUGGCCAAGGCGCAGGAGAAAGCCGCCUUUCCCUGUCUACUGCUAUGACAAGGUGCUUCCCUGCUUGCUUAGCAGAGAAGCCUGCUGUCAGUGCCCCUCUGCCCGAGUCAGCACCGCCAGAGGGCUGGCAACGCUUUCUAAAGAGGAGGGGUGGCUGAGCACCGCUUUCCCUUGGGAGUGUGCAAGCAGGUUCAAAGGAUCAUUGUACUGGUCCGGUCCAGCUUGGCUUGGCCUGGCACUGUUACCCUGCAGAAGUCUGCAAAGUGUCAGUGUAUACCAGGUGGGCUCCAGGUUUGGGGGUUACGAGGUCAUGGAAUGCAGGGAAGGACUGACUCAUCAGAAAGGAGCUUUCUAGAAACCACUGAAGCCCCUGGGUGUGAGGGAGGCUAGGCAGCCAAGCACAGCAUUUGGAGGACCAACCGUCUGCUUGGGAAAAGCUGGCUAGAGAAUGGCCUGGACACGUGACAAGGUUGUUUCCUCUGACUUUCCAGUUGAAUCCUUUCCUUGGUUGGUGGUGCCUCUCUGGCCCACAGGCUCUCCCCGAGCCAGCUCCCCCAGGGCCUGCACUCCUCAGAAUAAGGUCAGCACUUAUGUAGGGCUAGACUAAGCCAAGGACAUUGGAGGACUGUGCUCCACAGCUUCAGAAGGCUAGGUGUGCCAGCUCCGGCCUCUUGCUGUCCUCUGUCCUCGGCUGCAGAGUGACUAAGCCCCUCACCUCCCCAUCCUUAGAACAAAAGCUGCUGGGAUGGUAGGGGGUCCUUAGCAGCUCUGCUUCUUCUGAGCAGCUCUGCCUACUCUCCUUUUUCCCCAGACUGCCCUUCUGUUUCAGAAGGGUCACCCUGACCUGACCUGCCCAACUGCUGGGCUUAGGACCCCAGCCCUGAUAGGGCUCGGCUGUGCUGGCUCUACCCCUUGAAGGGGCUGUGAGCAAGUUAAGGAGCUGGUCUCCUGUCUUCGGGUCUACCCAUAAUCCAAGUAACCUCCUGGCUCGUUAGGGCCCUAGGCCUUAAGUCCCUGGCUGGGGGAUUGGGUUUCAGACUCGAGCCGCAGAGCAGAGCACGGGCACUGGAAGGCGACAUUAGCUCAGCAUGUGAUUCCGUGAUAGACCAGGCUUGGAAGGGCCAGUGUACUUGUCAGUCCGUCGUCUCGCACAUCCCAGACAUCAGUAUUUUAACAGGUUCUAAGUGCCUUUCUAUUGUAGCUUGUGUUUUUCCUCCUUUUGGCUCCAUUGCUGUUAGCAUAGAGUUAAAACAAAACAAAAAGAUAAGCUAAUGACUAUAACAAUAUAUUCCUCCAUGUGAGAGGAAGUUUAUAAAGAAACAAUAAAAGUGAGUUGCAAAGAUG